CCAAAUUAAACAGUUUAGUACAACACAAGAACCGUUGAACUCACAAGACUGAUACAAAAAUCCAGAAAAUGCUGCGAUUCAUUGCUGUUGCCUGCAUUGUGGCCUGCGCAUUUGCAGACUCCUUAGAGUACCCCAAAUCUGACUACUACGGGGGAUGUGGGCCAUGGGGAUGUUCUUACGGUGUUCAAUCACAGGGUCCCUAUGGGGGAUAUCAAGGACUCGUCAGUACUGGUGGCAAUGGAGUUAGCACUGGUGUCGUUAGCACUGGAGGACUUAACACAGGAUUGUUCGGUCUUGGGGGUGGAUCAGCUGCCGCCAGCGCCGCUGCUGCAGGAAACGCCGCCGCCGCUGCUGCUGCCGCUGCUGGUCAGAAUGCUGCUGCUGCUUCCGCUGCCGCUGCUGGUGGAAACGCCGCUGCAUCCGCUGCCGCCGCUGGUGGUUUAGGAUGGAACGUUGCCCCUAACAACUAUUGGUACCCAGGACAAUACUACAAUCAUUUCCCCUCACAGUAUUACACUUUCCCAGGACAAUACUACACUUACCCCGGACAGCAGUACCCUUUCCCAGGGUUCAACUAUAACAACCGAGUCUCUUUCCCCUACUCUGGAUUGAACCUUGGAGGUGGAUCUGCUGCCGCUAGCGCCGCUGCUGCAGGAAUCGGAAAUACCGCCGCUGCAUCUGCUGCCGCCGCUAGUGGAUUCAAUGGUUUUAAUGACGGAAUCAUCUUCGGUGGAUCUAGACGCAGUUUUGGAAGCAGGAGACUUAGAAAAGUAUACUAAAUUGGUUGGAGGGACCCCAUGAUUGUGUGUUACUAAUGUCAUUUUUUACGCAAAUAAAUUUUAUAUAUUUAUA